AUGUGUGUGGCACAUCAGAAGUUUGUUACGAUUCCCCUUAGUGCACAACUCCAAGCACUGUGGCGUGAUCCUGACCAAGCUCGAAAUAUGAGCUAUCUGCGAGAAGAAACACGACACCUGACCGAAAAACUUCAAACCAAUGGUGGCGUUGUUGAUGUUUUUGAUGACAUCUUCAAAGGCCAUGAUUUUUUACUGGCCGUCCAACGUGGUGACAUCAAGCCAGACGAUGUUAUCCUGAUGAUAUCCCUUGAUGGUGCGCAGCUUUACGAAAGCAAAUCAUCGGACUGUUGGAUAUACAUUUGGAAACAAUUUGUGCUUCCUGGGGGUUUUAUUCCAGGACCCAAGAAACCCAAGAACAUCGACUCUUUCAUCUUUCCUGGCAUGCAUGUGUGGCACAAUAUCGUUUUUAUUUCCAACCCAUAUCUCAUAUUUGUCACUGCCGAUGGACCUGGGCUCGUGUAUAUUGAUGGUAUGGUGGGACACAGUGGAAAGAAUGGCUGUCAAUUGUACUGCGGGUUACUUGGUCGUUGGAAGGGAUCACAUUACUACCCUGCAUUGCUAAUUCCCCAUCAUUAUGCUAUUGCUGGCAGUAACCACCCUGAUGUUAGUGUCUAUGAGUUGCGUGAUCCUGAUCUCACCGAAUAUUUCGACAACCUUUUGAAACUUGUUGCUGCACCCAACACCCGCCAGUAUUGCAAGCUGCGAACUGAAACAGGGAUCACGAAACCUUCUCUCCUCCUCAGCUUGCAGCCAUCACACACCCUCAGAAUCCCCCACUGUCUUACUCCUGAUAUAAUGCACCUUGCACAGCUACUCUCCGACCUCUUGUUGUCUCUAUGGCGUGGCGCGAUAGACUGUACUCUUCCAGAUCGUGUCUCAACAUGGCCCUGGGUUGUUUUUCACGAUGUCGAGAUCUGGGAAACCCACGGAGAGGCUGUUUCUGAUGCAGCGCAGCACCUCCCAGGGUCAUUCGAUCGCAAACCAUGGAAUCCUGCAGAAAAAAUCAAUUCAGUCUAUAUAUUUGGUCUCAGCCCCGUGUUGCUUUACAACAUCCUACCUGAACCUUAUUGGGUGAAUUACUGCAAGCUUGUCUGUGGAUUUCAAUUGAUUAACCAGCACUCCAUCAGCUUGGAAGAUGCUCAUGCUGCUCAUGUCCUGUUCACUCAAUGGGAACUUGAAUUCGAGACACUCUACUACGAGCAUCAUCCCAAGCGCCUCCAUUUCAUUCGACCUUGUGUCCACCAAGUCAAUCAUCUUGUUUGCGAGACAAUUAAGAAAGGGCCUCCCAUUUGUUAUUCUCAAUGGACCAUGGAACGUACUAUUGGAAAUCUCAGACAAGAAAUACGCCAACCAUCUAAUCCCUAUGCCAAUUUGUCAAGAGAGGGUGUCCGUCGAUGUCAAGUAAAUGCCUUGAAAGCCAUGAUGCCCGAACUAUCCCUCGACAAGCCACCCUUUCCAACAACAGCCAUUGAUCUUGGAGGAGGAUAUAUUCUACUGCGUAAGCGAGAUCCACAGCCAAUGGUUCCUCGAGAACCAGGUGCCGAAGCGAUUUUUCAGUAUCUUGGUCACCAUCACAACAUCAAAAUUCGACGUUGGGCUCGUCUGCGUCUUCCAAAUGGACAGAUAGCAUGUACUGCGUGGAGGGAGACUGAGCGCCCACCUGAAAAACUGCAGCCUGCACGUCAUGUCAAGGUAGUUAUUAGUACUAUCAUUGUUGUUAUGGUAGGCGAAAUUCGAGUUGCGGAGGUGUUAUACUUCACACAAUUACCAGUUGAAGUUAACGACAAUGAUGGUGAUCAAAUUUGGACCUGGAAGGAUGUUGCUGUCAUCUCGAUGUUCUUGCUCCCUAAUAAAGACCUCCUUGAUCUAUCCUGCCAUACCGUUAGCUCAUGUCAACAUGAAGAGGAUGACAUUCGGGUUGUUGAUCUCAAGUCAAUUCUCAGUGUGGUUGGUAUGGUCCCACACCAACCAACUCUUCCUUUGAGUGUCACUGAGGAUCGGUUUUUCAUGGUGGUAAAACCAGGCCUCGAUAUUGCAACAUUCAGUGUUCUGUAUGAAGGAGAUGCAGCUCAAGAUGACCAGUACAAUGAACGAGAUGCAAAUGCAGGUGAGGAUGAUGGAGGUGCUUAG